AUGUCAGGGACAGUGUGGCCUGGGUCCGCUAACGAGUCCACUACACGACAGCUGCCACCUAAUUUCACACCUCACACUCCCUACAUCAUCAGAGCAUUAAAACCAAAAGCAGAAGAGUGGAUGAGCCCCUACAACUGGAAGCAUCAAUGUGACAACCCAAUACCCAACUCAGGCCCUGACAACUGGAAGCAUCAAUGUGACAACCCAAUACCCAUCUCAGCCCCUGACAACUGGAAGCAUCAAUGUGACAACCCAAUACCCAUCUCAGCCCCUGACAACUGGAAGCAUCAAUGUGACCAUCCAAUACCCAUCUCAGCCCCUACAACUGGAAGCAUCAAUGUGACAACCCAAUACCCAACUCAGGCCCUGACAACUGGAAGCAUCAAUGUGACAACCCAAUACCUAUCUCAGCCACUGACAACUGGAAGCAUCAAAGUGACAACCCAAUACCCAUCUCAGCCACUGACAACUGGAAGCUUCAAUGUGACCAUCCAAUACCCAUCUCAGCCCCUGACAACUGGAAGCAUCAAAGUGACAACCCAAUACCCAUCUCAGCCCCUGACAACUGGAAGCAUCAAUGUGACAACCCAAUACCCAUCUCAGCCACUGACAACUGGAAGCAUCAAAGUGACAACCAAAUACCCAUCUCAGCCACUUACAACUGGAAGCAUCAAAGUGACAACCCAAUACCUAUCUCAGCCACUGACAACUGGAAGCAUCAAUGUGACAACCCAAUACCCAUCUCAGCCACUGACAACUGGAAGCAUCAAAGUGACAACCAAAUACCCAUCUCAGCAACUUACAACUGGAAGCAUCAAAGUGACAACCCAAUACCUAUCUCAGCCACUGACAACUGGAAGCAUCAAUGUGACAACCCAAUACCCAUCUCAGCCCCUGACAACUGGAAGCAUCGAUGUGACCAUCCAAUACCCAUCUCAGCCCCUGACAACUGGAAGCAUCAAUGUGACAACCCAAUACCCAUCUCAGUCACUGACAACUGGAAGCAUCAAAACAACCUGUGUCAGACAGAACAACAUCUACAAGUACUGGAUCCAGCCUUCAUCAUCAGACAGCUACCAGCUGGCCUGA